AUGCCUUUUGGAAAAAUAGAAACUUUUGAAGUAGGUUCCCAUAACUGGGAUGCCUAUUGUAGAAGAAUAAAGCAGUUUAUAACAUUAAAUGACAUUAGUGAACAUUUGCACGUGGCCACGCUAGUCACACACGUUGGCGUGUCUUGCUACGAGUUAAUGUGUGAUUUAUGCUCCCCGGAUUUACCUGAAGAUAAAACAUUUGAUGAGCUCGUGGAUAUCGUUAAAAAUCAUCUGGAGCCGCAGAGGUCGGAGAUUGCUGAACGCCAUAUAUUUCGGCAGCGGAAACAACUUCAAGGCGAGACUGUGAGUGAUUACUUACAAAGUUUAAAGCAUCUGGCGAAAACAUGUAAUUUUCGCGAUACUCUAGAAAUCAAUAUAAGGGAUCAAUUCGUCUCUGGACUUAUUAAUGAAGAUAUGAGGUCAAGGUUGUUUGCCGAGCGAGAUAUCGAUUAUAAACGUGCUAUUGAACUCGCAUUAGCAUUAGAAGCGGCGGACAGGCACGCAGCAGAGGCGGCGUCCCGGUGC